GAAAGCUGGACAGUGAAGCAGGAGACAGAUCUGACAAUAACUGAUCUGACAGUAACUGAUCUGACAGUAACUGAUCUGACAGUAACUGAUCUGACAAUGACGGAGCAAAGAAGGUGCCACAAUCCUAAAGACAGCACCCUGAGAUUUGUCACUAGAGCGGAUGACAUUACCCUUGAUGAUGAUCCCAAUACCCAGAGAUUAGAGAUGUCUUGUGGCCACGCUGUCACGCCUGAAUCCCUCACAGCCUACUGUCGCGGUCUUCUGGAUAAGGGUGACUACAAAUUCGUGUGUCCAGCUAUAAAACAAGGAACUGAUACAUGUGGGGCUGAGUGGCCAUACAUGGAAGUGCGGAGGAUUGCUUUACUGACUCAAGAAGAGCAGAACCACUUUGAAGAGACAAUGGCUGUAUUGGCAGCAGCUAAGUACUGUGAAUACAACCCAUGCCCCAGUUGCAGUUCAUAUGUUGAGAGGCAGGAUUUGACCAACCUGUGUGUACUCUGCACCAUCUGCACAUCAGAUACUGGUGAGAGGUUUGAGUUCUGCUGGCAAUGUCUGAAGACGUGGAAAUGGCCAGCACCUCGCUCAGACAAGUGUGACAACAGCAACUGCGUUAACCCAACACUUGAGAAGCUAUUAAAUUGUACGGACACAACCCUUCCUGAGGUUCAAGACCUAAUAUGUCCCUCACUGCGAGCUUGUCCUACAUGUGGAAACCUGGUAGAGCAUGACACAACAGGGUGUAAGAAUAUAAUAUGUAAUCGCUGCCAUAUUGAAUUCUGCUUUUCUUGUCUGAAGAGAACUGAAGAUUGUCUAGAAACAAGCACACACUUUGAACCUUGCUCAGCUGGCGUAGCACCUCGGCAAACAUCCAUUCCAACCAAUAUAAACACCAAAAAGCACAUUUUUGGCACAUUUUUGGCACAUUUUGGGGGCAGUCGUGGCCUAAUGGUUAGAAGCUCGGACUUGUAACCCGAAGGUGAACCUGAAGGUUGUGAGUUCAAGUCUCAGGUCCGGCAGGGAUUGUAGGUGAGGGGAGUGAAUGACCAGCGCUCUCUCCCACCCUCAAUACCACGACUGAGGUGAGACCCUUGAGCAAGGCAGCGAACCCCCAACCGCUCCCCGGGCGCCGCAGCAAAAAAAAGGCUGCCCACUGCUCCAGGUGUGUGUUCAUGGUGUGUGUGUGUGUUCACUACUGUGUGUGUGCACUUGGAUGGGUUAAAUGCAGAGCACAAAUUCUGAGUAUGGGUCACCACACUUGGCCACAAGUCACUUCACUUCACUUCAUUUUGUGUCUGUUUAAGUGUUUCUAUGGGUAUAGCUUAAUAGUUUAAUAAUAUAAUACAAUCUAAAUGUAAUAGGAUUAAAAGUAACGCACAGCUGUCUUCACAGUUGUCCCCAGGCUAUAUUGAAAAGCAUAUUAUGUUUGUCUUUAUUGUUGUUAGUUUUAUAACAACAUAAUUUUGUUUAUCACAGAAAAGAUAGACUGAGCUUUUUAGUUCAAAAGGCCUCAUUUAUCAAGCUGAGUAUGAACUGCUUUAUUCAUAAAUUGUUAAUGGGGCAUUUAUGCAAUAUAUUUGGUAUUCAUGAAGAUCCUGUAAGUUUAGAAAGUGUCUUGAAGGCUCUUCAUUUUUAAACAAUCCUUCUGGCUGCAGAAUGGUGAAUUUCAAAUUGUUUGGAGAUGGCCUUAUAACCCUUCCUAGAUUUAUGAGCAGCAAUCAUUCUUCUCUGUGGUCAUGGCUGAUGUCCUUUCUUCUUGCCAUGAUGUAGAUACACACAUGAGUGCUCCAGAAUGCCAAACGGGCAAAAUUUCUGCUUUUAUAGAGGUACUUACACUUCUCGAUGAUUAACUAAUCUUGUGUGUUUCAUUAGUAACACCUGGCUGCUAAUUACUCUCUUAAUAAUUGUGGUAGUAGGAAGGGUGUACUUACAGUUUCCCACCUGAUUUCUGAAUGUUAGUUUACUUUUUGGUGAAAAUAACUACAUAUUGAAAUUUGUUGUGUUUUUUUGUUGUCACCUGAGUUAUUUGUUUGCUUAUAGAAGUUGGUGAAGACCACACAAUUGUUAUUUAGAUAAAUAAAAACAUAAAAUUGAAAGAGGUUGUACUUUCUUUUUAGCAUGACUGUAGUUUGCUAUGAGUUACUGCACUUUUAUAUUGUUACGAUCACCAGCUGGAGUGCCCAUGGACUCCACUAGAGGGCACUCCACCCUGGACUCUUGCCAUUGUUCUCAGGACUCCAUUUCCCAUGUGUUCCUUGCCUCACCUGGGUCAUGUGCUACCCUUGUUUUGUGUGUCAUGUUCUCAUUGGUUGGUUUUGUCAUGUGUUCUCCCUGUUCUGUAUAAAAGUUGCUCACACCUGCUCCUAGGUUGCUGAUUAUUGUUUGUGUGUUUAUAGCCAUUCCUAGUCUCCGUGUCUCCUAGUUUACCUGUGUUUUGACCCUUGGACUGUUCUCCUUGUUUUUGAUUGUUUGCUGCCUGCCCUGACCAUUGCCUGUGUUUUGGAUUACUCUUUUGUCUCUGCCUUUGUUUGUACCGUUUGCUGGUGCUCGACCCUGCCUGGUUUGACCACGUUUGUAAAUAAAGUCUUGCACUUGGAUCCCCAACUCCGUUGUCGACCUCCCCACGUUACAUAUAUACAGAUUAUGCUGUCAAGCUUCU